AUGUCGGAAACACACUGGAAAGGAUCCGGGCAUUACACCACAGACUCAGGAAACACAAUAUACUUUUCAGGAAAUGAUACAGAAAGCCGCAAUGAAGUUGCUUUCUUACUGCCCAGAUCAACCGCCAAAGCUGUCUUAGGAUACAAUGCUGUUCGCAUCAUAACAAUAAAGAUCAAAUCGCAACCUUUCAACGUCAACGUCAUACAAGCCUACGCCCCAACUAGUGACUCCUCGGACGAAGCUAUUGAGGCGUUUUAUAAGCAGCUGAAUGCUACCAUAAAUGAACUUCCUAAAAAUGAGAUUCUCGUUGUUACUGGAGACAUGAAUGCUAAAAUUGGCAAAACAAAAGAUAUAGAUGAACAACUCAAAGGAAUAAUUGGUUCGUUCGGCUUAGGGACAAGAAACGAACGAGGUGAACGAAUGCUUCAAUUCUGCCAAGAACAAAAUCUCACUAUCGCAAACACAUUAUUUGCACAUCAUAAAAGAUGCCUAUACACAUGGACAUCACCAGGAGAUAGAUACAGAAAUCAAAUUGACUACAUAAUGGUCAGAUCUCGCUGGAAAUCCUCCGUCGUUAACUGCAAGACGUACCCUGGAGCUGUCUGUGGUUCAGAUCAUAAUUUAUUACUAAGGAAGUUCAGGCUCCGUCUAAAAAGAAUCUACCACCAAUGCAACAGGAUCAACAUGACAGAAACAGCCAAACGGCAAUUUCAAGAAGAAAUACAAAACAAAUUGGAGGCCGAAAAACAUGACAUAAUGAAUAAACAAGACCCAGACUAA